AUGCAGCCAAGUCGUGUUUUAUGUGCGGCGGCCCGGCGGACGUAUACGGAGCUCGACUAUGCGCGACAUAUCCCGAAAGAAUACGUGGAGAAGGUGAAACGGACCGUACCAAAGAAAAUCUAUGCAAAUCGCUAUGGUGCGCCAGAUAUCAUCCGUUGGUCGCUUCAUCCAGACGAUUAUGUGCCAUCCGAUAAGCGUCCCUGGGAAUUGGAUGUGUUUGAGAAAAAUUUGCAUCGUGAGAAACGCUAUCAGAAUUACAAAUUGGCACACAAAUUUUUCGAGUUGAGGUGA